CGCGGUGGUGCGCGCCGCGCCUGCGCAGUGGCGGGGCCGGCGCUCAGCUGGGUAGUGUUUACCGCUGCGGGACGGCCGCACCGCCGGGCCCGGGAGGGAACGGGCUGCACCGAGCCGACCCGCCGCUCAGUUUUAGUGCUUGUAGAAAACUUGUGAAGAUGGGAGGUGCAGUGAGUGCAGGAGAAGAUAACGAUGAAUUAAUUGAUAACCUGAAGGAGGCACAAUACAUCCGGACAGAACUGGUAGAACAGGCGUUCCGAGCCAUUGAUCGAGCGGAUUACUACCUGGAAGAGUUCAAAGACAAUGCCUAUAAGGACUUGGCAUGGAAGCAUGGAAAUAUUCAUCUCUCAGCACCAUGCAUUUACUCUGAGGUGAUGGAAGCUUUGGAUCUGCAACCAGGGCUGUCAUUUUUGAAUCUUGGCAGUGGCACUGGUUAUCUGAGUUCUAUGGUUGGACUCAUCUUGGGUCCUUUUGGUGUUAACCAUGGUGUGGAGCUUCAUUCCGAUGUGAUUGAAUAUGCGAAGCAGAAAUUGGACUUCUUCAUUAAAACAAGUGACAGCUUUGACAAUUUCUCCUGCUCCUGUCCCAGUCGCUGCCUCUGCUUCAGGACUACAGUAAGAUGCAUGCAUCUGAUGUUGGAAACCAUCCCCGAUAUCCCACCCCAGACAAACAUACUAGAUUUACGCUUCAACCACAUCAAGGAGAUACAACCUGGAGCCUUCAAAAGACUGAAGAACCUCAACACGCUGCUGCUGAACAAUAAUCAAAUAAAACAAAUUGUGAGAAGAUCCUUUGAAGAUCUGGAGAACCUGAAAUACCUCUACCUUUAUAAAAAUGAAAUUCAGAGCAUCCAGCAACAUGCCUUCAACGGGCUCCGUUCUCUGGAACAGCUCUACCUGCAUUUCAACAACCUGGAAAGUCUGGAGCUGGAGACUUUUAGCGACCUGCCGAAACUUGAAAGGCUAUUCUUGCACAACAACAAGAUUUCCAGGAUUCAUCCAGGGACAUUCUCUCAACUGGAAUCCCUCAAACGGCUGCGGCUGGACUCCAACGCCUUGCUUUGCGACUGCGACUUGAUGUGGCUGGCAGAGCUGCUGAGGAAAUACGCCGAGCAGGGCAGCAUCCAGACGGCCGCCACCUGCGAGGCGCCGCGGGAGCUGCACGGGCGCUCCAUCGUCACCUUGACGGCCCAGGAGUUUAACUGCGAGAGACCUCGCAUAACCUCCGAACCCCACGACGUCGACGUCCUCUUGGGAAACACAGUUUAUUUCACCUGCAGGGCAGAAGGCAACCCAAAGCCUGCAAUUAUUUGGCUGCACAACAAUAACGAGAUUGACAUGAAAGAUGACAGUCGCCUGAACCUGUUGCAAGACGGUACCUUGAUGAUCCAGAAUACCAAGGAGUCGGACAAAGGCGUCUACCAGUGCAUGGCCAAGAACAUAGCUGGGGAGGUCAAGACACAAGAAGUCGUUCUGCGCUAUUUUGGCACCCCAUCCAAGCCCACUUUUGUGAUCCAGCCGCAGAACACUGAAGUGCUGAUUGGGGAAAGUGUCACCUUGGAGUGUGGGGUCUCUGGGCACCCCCACCCUCGCAUCAGUUGGACCCUUGGCACAGGCUCUCCUUUACCGCAGGAUUCCCGUUUCACUAUCACCAGCUCUGGAGGACUCUUCAUUCAGAACGUCACCUUCUCGGACCAAGGACAGUACAACUGCAAUGCCAGCAACACCGAGGGAUCCAUCCAGGCGACAGCAAGGAUCAUAGUGCAAGAUUCUCCCAGGUUUCUCCUCAUCCCCACUGAUCAGACAGUGACUGAGGGACAAAGUGUGGAUUUCCCCUGCUCUGCUGAGGGUCACCCUCCACCCGUCAUUGCCUGGACGAGGGCAGGUGGGCCACUGCCGAAUGACCGGAGGCACAGUGUCCUCUCCACGGGUACCCUGCGGGUGAUGAGGGUUGCUUUGCAUGACCAAGGGCAGUACGAAUGCCAUGCCAUCAGCGCCAUCGGAGUGAGGACCCUGCCGGUACAGCUGUCGGUGACCCCACGAGUGAUACCCGUGUUCCUUCAUCCGCCCCAAGACGUGGUGGCAGAGACAGGCCAGGACGUCGCGAUUACCUGCGCUGCCCAAGGGGAUCCGCGGCCCACCAUAACCUGGGUCAAGGAGGGUAUCCAGAUCACAGAGAGUGGCAAGUUCCACAUAAGCCAAGACGGGACCCUCUCCAUUCAAGACCUCGGCGUGGCUGACCAGGGCAGAUACGAGUGCAUAGCAAGAAACCCUUUUGGCUUCACCUCCAGCGCUAUGCAGCUCACCAUCACCGCCACGGAUGUGGGUCGGAGCGGUGACACGUUUGUAGCCACGUCGAUACGGGAAGCCAUCAGCAGCGUGGACCACGCCAUCAAUUCAACGCGCACCGAGCUGUUUAGCAAACGCCCCAAGACGCCCAAUGACUUGCUGGCCCUUUUCCGUUACCCCCGGGACCCCUACACCCUUGAAACAGCCAGGGCGGGCGAGAUCUUUGAAAGGACCUUGCAGCUGAUUCAGGAACACGUGCAACAGGGUCUGAUCGUGGAUAUGAAUGUCACAGGCUAUCGCUACAACGACUUGGUGUCCCCUCACUACCUGAACAUGAUUGCCAACCUGUCGGGCUGCUCUGCCCACCGCCGCACGCCAAACUGCUCCGAUAUCUGCUUCCACAAGAAGUACAGGACACACGAUGGGUCUUGCAACAACCUCCAGCACCCGAUGUGGGGUGCGUCUCUCACAGCCUUCCAGAGGCUUCUCAAACCCGCCUACCAGAACGGAUUUAACCUCCCCCGGGGAUUUUCCUUGGCAGAAGAUGCCAGGGACCUGCCCCUUCCUCUACCCCGCCUCGUCUCCACCGCCAUGGUCGGGACUGAGACCGUCACCCCCGAUGACCAAUUCACGCACAUGCUCAUGCAGUGGGGCCAGUUUCUGGACCACGACAUGGACCAGACGGUGGCAGCCAUUAGCAUGUCCCGCUUCUCAGAUGGAGCACCCUGCAGCCAGGUGUGCAGCAACGACCCGCCUUGCUUCUCCGUCAUGGUCCCUGCUAACGACCCCCGCGUGAGGAAUGGGCGCUGCAUGUUCUUUGUCCGCUCGAGUCCCGUGUGCGGCAGCGGGAUGACCUCCCUGCUGAUGAACUCCGUAUAUGCCAGGGAGCAGAUCAACCACUUGACAUCUUACAUCGAUGCCUCCAAUGUUUACGGCAGCACAGAGCAGGAGUCGCAGGAGCUGCGGGAUCUGAGCAGCCAAAACGGGCUGCUGAAGCAAGGGCAAGUUGUGCCGAGCUCGGGGAAGCAUCUCCUUCCCUUUGCUGUAGGGCCACCCACUGAGUGCAUGAGAGAUGAGAACGAGAGCCCCGUGCCGUGCUUCCUGGCAGGAGACCACCGUGCCAACGAGCAGCUGGGUCUCACAGCCAUGCACACGCUUUGGUUCAGGGAGCACAACCGCAUUGCCACGGAGCUGUCGGCCCUCAAUCCCCACUGGGAUGGAGACCUCCUGUAUCAUGAGGCACGGAAGAUUGUGGGUGCUCAGAUGCAGCACAUCACCUAUGCCCAGUGGCUCCCCAAGGUCCUUGGGGAAGCUGGGAUGAAGAUGCUGGGUGAGUACAAAGGCUACAACCCCAACAUCAAUGCGGGGAUUCUCAACGCCUUUGCCACUGCUGCCUUCCGCUUUGGGCACACCUUGAUCAACCCCAUCCUGUAUCGGCUGAAUGAAGCCUUCCAGCCCAUCCGCCAAGGCCACAUCCCCCUGCACAAAGCCUUCUUCUCCCCUUUCAGGAUCACACAGGAGGGUGGGAUCGACCCCCUCCUCCGUGGGCUGUUUGGGGUUCCUGGGAAAAUGCGGAUCCCCUCUGAACUCCUCAACAUGGAGCUGACAGAGAAACUCUUCUCCAUGGCACACUCUGUCUCGUUGGACUUGGCCGCUAUCAACAUCCAGAGAGGGCGAGACCAUGGCAUCCCACCUUACAAUGACUUCAGGGUCUUCUGCAACCUCUCGUCUGCACAGGAGUUUGAGGACCUCAGAAAUGAGAUAAAGAACUUGGAGAUCAGGGAAAAGCUCAGGAGUUUAUAUGGAACUACUAAAAACAUUGACCUGUUUCCAGCACUGAUGGUGGAGGAUCUUGUUCCUGGUACCAGAGUUGGACCAACACUGAUGUGCCUGUUAACCACGCAGUUCAGAAGGCUGAGGGAUGGAGAUAGAUUUUGGUAUGAGAAUCCCGGAGUCUUCACGCCAGCACAGCUGACUCAGAUCCGACAGACAUCCCUUGCUCGUGUCAUCUGUGACAACAGUGACCACAUCCAGCAGCUCCAGAGAGAUGUCUUCCGGGUGGCAUCGUACCCACAGGGCAUGGUCGGCUGUGAAGAGAUUCCCGCGGUGGACCUCCGAUUGUGGCAGGACUGUUGUGAGGACUGCCAGACGCGUGGGCAAUUCGGGGCUCUUUCUCAGCGGUUCCGAAGCAAAAGGUCUCCUGGCUUCAGCUACCCAGAAGAAAACCCUGCCAAGCAUAAGCCUGCCUUCCCCAGAAAUGAGGCGCCUUCUCCAAGCCCUUCCUCCAGAGAGAAUCUCGAGUCCCUUGUGGCGGAACUGGAGAAGACAGUUGCUUCCCUACGGAAACAGGUGAAUACACUAGAGAGCCAGCUGAGGUGGCACCACAGGAACACCAGCGCGCACGGGCAGGGGAAGAAGACUGGAGACAAAUGGAGAAAAAGAUGACCGUGUUGCCUGUUCAUAUAAGGUCAGUGUGCUUGUUCUGGGCUGGGGUCCAAGAGGUGGAUCAGCGUCGUGCUGCCAAGCCUGCGGUGGGACACCUGAGCAGAGGGACUGUUGCAGGAAGGAAUGGAGCAAUCCGGUGAUGAAUGGGACAAGAGGUAAUAGGCUUAAAUGCAGCCGGUUAGACACUCAUUCCUACCAGUAAUGAUUAGUGACUCAUUGGAAUGGGUUGUCUGGGGACGUUGUGGCGUAUCCAUUCCUGGAGGUCUUUCAAGAACAGGUUCGGCAAAGAUGGGGAAAGACAUAAGUAUAGGAUGGACUAGGUGGACUGGGCGAGGUCUCUCAGGCCUGUUCUCCUGGGACUCUGGGUAGGUUUCUUCUAGCAACACUUAAUGUCCCAAGCCCAAAUCCAACAGCCUGCAAAGGACCUUUGUGGGGAGAGAUAUCACAGAGCGCAGUGAUGGAGUAGAUGGACUGGUUCCUCCUCAGGGUAACAAGGGCAUCUGGGCAGAUGGAGCAAUCCGUCAUUUGCCUACAUAUUGACAGAGAUUUCCCCCUCAAUAUCUGAGUCACCGUGCACCUCUCUGAAAGCACCGGUCCUCUGUUUGCUCGGCUCCAGACGAGGCAGUUGAGGAUGUUCAAGAGCACAUUUAAAGUCACUGUCAGCACCUGGGGACUCCCGCUGCUGCUCGGCGGUGGCAGGAGCUGUGGCAGAAAGCUGCCAGACCUGCAGUGCCCUGUGUUUAGGGGCACGGAGAGCACGGGCUGAGCUUCCUUAGCCCGCUUUCCGUGGAGAUCCCUGCAGCCUUGAAAGAGAGGAUGAACAACUCGCUGGCACCUGCCAGUCUGGAGGAGGUGUUUAAUGGGUUUUACGUGUUGCAGAUGAUUACUGCAGGGACCGGAGCAGAAGAGUUAUGCAGAAGCGUUGCUCUGCCAGGCAGUCUGUACUAGAAGGAGCAUCCUCUGGCAGUUAGAUUACAGGAGAGGGCAAGCAAAGGCUGGUCUGUGCUGAUAAUCUCAGCAGAAAGCAGAAGGGGAAGCCUGUAGGCUGGCCACGCUGUUUUCCUCUGAUCUGGUGUGUUGGUCCGUAUAGAUUUUCCAGUUGAACAGUGAUUCCCCUUUAGAAAUGUGACGUAAAUCGCAGUGUGACGCACGAGUUGGCUUUUCCUCGUCGUCAUUUGCAGAUCCCUGCAGAGCGCUGCGGGCUUUACAGGGUGCCUGAAAAGUAUUUCUGUGUUUUUAAAGGGCUGUUGCUGUUUUGAUGCUGGAGUCCUGCAUGCCCCAGACCUGCCAGGCACUGCUCAAACAACUUGUUCUGCCGCCGGCUCCCUCCCGUAGAGAUUUUCCGCUUUCCUGUGCCGUUUCAGGUGCCCUGUGACCUGCGCUCCCGCUCUCCACCAGCCAGUCCCAACCCACUCCCACGGAAACAGCGGCCACCAGACCCCACGAUGCUCUGCCUCCUCUCACACCUCCUGUACCGCUGCCUGUCCCAGGACGACCCUACUUCUGCCUGUAUUGAACCCUCUGCACUGACGGUCCAUGAGCCCCUCAGCCCCUGGACCAUUCACCUCUGGGGAUGGGGAGAGACCCAGCACUCUGCCGAGAUGCCGCUUUCUUCCUUGGUCCCCAGGAAAUGGAGAACAACUGAAGCUGCUUUAGUGCCACUGUUCUGCUCUGCUCCUCUUGCCACACAGUGCUGUCACCGUCCACCACCCCUUCUCCGAAAUGUCCCACGGGCACCCAACUGAAACAACGCGUUCAGAGGCAAAGCCUUUCUCAAAUGCCCUGUGGUACCAGGAAGCAUCUGGAGAAAUCUGAAAAAAAAAAAAAUAUAAUAAAUAAAUAUGAAACCCAAAACAACCUCCCAGCCAUCUUCUCAGGCCAACAGGAAGAGGAAGAGGACCCUCAGGGCCCCGGCAAGCAGCGUUUGGGCUGGGCUGGCCCUCCCUGCCAGCAGCGCCGAGGUGAACCCACGGCUCGGGGGAGUCUCCCGGCUGUUUGGGCGCUUGGGGACGGGAUGCCAGACACGGCCGUGCCCAGAUCGGCCGCUGUGCUUUGCCGGGCGUUGGGUGACCGGUGGCGCAUCCUCGGUUACGUGACCCUGCGAGUGACCUGCCGUUACGUGCCCAGUGCUCAAAAAAACAUUUUCCUCGACAUUCUCCAACUUUCUACCCCUUUGGGGGAUUAAUUUGAUUUAUGUUUCUCUUCCUUUUUUUUUUUUUCCCCCCCGCCCCAAAAGUCUCUUUGCCGUAAGAUGUCUUUUGACUGUAAACGUAACAGGACCUGGAACAGAACCUCAAAUCAUUAGCCGUAAUGGGCGCUCUCGUUAGUGGAGGGGAGCUGCUGGUUUCUGUCAGUUAGUCCGGGAGAACACGAUGUGCAGUGUUAGACACAGGGGUGAAUGCAAAGUGCUGUUUGUGUUUAUUGCUCCCAGGUGCUCUGCAACCAAACCAGGACUAUGUAACCGGCUCUACCCAGCACCUCUCCUGGUUUUGGUGCUCGUUGAAGGUGCUUUUUAGUGGUGCUAGAACUAAAGUCCCUGUGCAUCCACCACAGCCCCAAAUCUGUGGACGGAUUGGUUUUUAACACAUCCUUGUUAAGCUGGUGACAGGGACUAAUGAGAAAAUACUUGAUCCACCAGAUAUCUGUGCCUUCCUUCUCUUUCUCACUUUUCCUGCGUCCUCCCACCUUCCUUCCCACGCUGCAAGGACCAGAAACUUUUAUAAACGUGCUUUUUCUCUUCUUCUUUUUUUUUUUUUUUUUUUUAAAUUUUUAGGUGUU